AUGCAUAGUCAAAGCAACACCUGCACUGCUGUCCUCAGGACCCAGACGCCCGACUCCCUGGCAUUCACGUGGGAGGCGGCGACGGAGAACAGCUUCCAGCACCUCGCCCUCGAGCCCUUGCCCGAGUUGGAGGACGACCAGCGCCAGGAUGUAGGACCACGGAUUUUACCUUUUUUAUUAGAAUCGUGCAAUCUGUUAUCAACCUUAGGACAAGAAAAUGAUGAUGACUAUUUCAUGCCUGAAGCGUCCCUAGUUCUUGGGAUGGCGGUGCUGGCGCUGGCCCUCGUUAUGUUGACCUCGGUCGCGGCUGCAGCGGAAGCCCAAACAUCGACUCAACACGAGGCUCUCCGUGGCCAUCAGAUAUGGCAGCUAUCCGGUGACGUAGACACCAUAGCCCUGGAGCUCAUGCAGAAGGGUUUGCUGGACGUUCUGGAUCAUUCUCGGGCCUCCAGGAGAGUCCGCGUUCCCUUCCAGUCCCUUGACGAAGCUCGGAGGACCCUGCAGGAGAGAGGCGUUGCUCAUAAGAUCCUGACUGAGGACCUGGCCACGUUCUUAGAGGUAAAAAGCCUGGGGUUGUUUGUUACGAACCAAAAGCGUCAAGCCAAAAGAUCAACGAACACGGAAUUCUGCGAUCCGAACGCGUGCCCGAGGCCCUUCAGCGACAGCUACAUGACCUUCGAACAAAUGGAAUGGUUCCUCAAGCAACUGUGCGAGAGCAGCCCGCGCGCCUCCCUCGCCUCCAUCGGGAAGACGAACGAAGACAGAGACAUCUGGAUGGUCCGUCUCCGCCUUGAGGACCCCGAGGAGGACUCCGAGGAUGACGCUGAGGAGGACGCCGAGGAGGACGCCGAGGAGGACGCCGAGGAGGACGCCGAGGAGGACCCCGAGGAGGACGCCGAGGAGGACGCCGAGGAGGACGCCGAGGAGGACCCCGAGGAGGACGCCGAGGAGGACCCCGAGGAGGACACCGAGGCAGCCAACGCCGUCUGGAUCGAGGCAGGUAUACACGCGCGAGAGUGGAUUUCCCCGGCAGUGGCUUUGCACCUCCUGGAGAAGCUGCUGCGGGAUGGCGGCGACAUCGGCAACCUGGAUGUGUAUGUGGUCCCGAUGGCCAAUCCCGACGGUUAUGAGUACAGUCGCAUGCACAACCGGUUAUGGCGUAAGAACCGACGCAAGACGUCCAAGGCCGACUGCGCAGGCGUCGACCUCAACCGCAACUGGAACUUCUACUACGGCGCGGGCGCUUCAGACAACGAAUGCAGCGAGGUGUUCAUGGGCACCGAGCCCUUCUCCGAGCCAGAGACAAAGGCCCUUCGAGAUGCUAUGACGAGAGUGAAGGACCAGCUGAAGUUGGUCCUGUGCCUCCACAGCUUCGGCCAGCAGCUGCUCUACCCGUGGGGCUACUCCACGAGCGACGUAGCACCGCACACCGACGAUUUGGUGAGGGAAGGCAAAGUGUUCGCGGAAGCUGCCCAAAACUCGGGCAACACAUCCUACGAUGUGGUAAAUGCCGUAGCGGGUCUGUACGUCGCCUCAGGCACCACCGCAGACUGGUCCAAGGGAGCCCUGGGAGUCAAGUACACGUACACACUUGAACUCAGAGACGAAGGAGAACAAGGGUUCCUCCUUGAUCCGAGUAACAUUCUUCCUUGCAGCGAGGAGGUGUGGGCAGGUCUUCAGGCCCUCUUGAAGAAGAUUAUCUAG